CUUCUCUCCUUUGAAACCUCUGAAAAGACACCUAGUUUAGCUUCUUUUCUUUGCUAUUACAAGAAACCCAUUUUAGCUUUCUUCCUAUUCUCUGAAAUCCUUGCUUUUCCCCUGAAAAAAACUGCUUCUUUUCUUUGCUUCUUUGAGUUUUUGACAUGCAGAUUCCAGGUGUAACUUGAAAAGAAACUUUCAGUUGCAUGUUUUUUUAUCCUUGUUCACAUAUCUUCCUCUUCCCACAAAAAUUUUCAUUCUCCAAAAAAAAAAAAAAAAACAUUCCUUUUGGUUUUGUUUCUCAAGAUGUUUGACUUGUUGAUGAAGCGAAAGUUUUAUGCAAAAUGCAAAUCGGCAAUUAGGACAAAUAAGGUGAGACUUGAGACAAUAAAGAAGAAGAGAAAUGCGAUGGAGAAGUUUCUGAAGAACGACAUUGCUGAGCUUCUCAGGAACGGUCUUGAUUACAAUGCUUAUGGCAGGGCUGAAGGUCUUCUGGUUGACCAAAACAGAACAGCCUGUUACGAUUUCAUAGAGCAGUUUUCUGAGUGCAUCUCAAAACAUGUUUCAGUCAUGCAAAAGCAGAGUGAGUGUCCUGAGGAAUGCAGAGAAGCUAUACCAUCUCUAAUAUAUGCGGCAGCCAGAUUUGCUGAUUUGCCAGAACUACGUGACCUCAGAACUAUAUUUACUGAGAAAUAUGGAAAUUCCCUAGAAUCCUAUUUAAAUCAAGAGUUUGUGCAGAAGCUAAAGGGAGAGCCUCCAACAAAGGAGAUGAAGCUUCAAUUGAUUUAUGACAUAGCACAAGAGUUUUCUAUUGAAUGGGACUCCAAGGCUUUGGAACAGAAACUAUUUAAGCCACCUCCAUCAGAGCAAUUGUAUAUAACUUUCUUGCAGAAUGAGGCCCAACAUAAGUCUUUAAAUGGUGCUGAUGAUGAUGGAUUCAAGUUGUACGGAAGCAAGAACGAUACCUCCCAGAAAAGCAACAAUCAUGAUGACGAUGAGAAUGAACUGACUAACAUGCAUGAGUACAGGAGGCCAAAAAGAAAUGAAACAGACCUCACUUCUCAUGGGAGAAAGGAGGACACUGAUGAUAAGGACAAGCUGCAUAGCAGCAGUGAAAGUGAAGUGACAGAUCAAGAUAUCCCAAAGACUAGUUCCACUUCAGUUGAAAGUGUUUCCGAGGAUGGUGUAGAAAACUGGAAGCCCUUUAACUACAGAUUCAUUCCUCCCCCUUAUGUCAGGUCAUCCCUUGGCAAAGAAAGAAGCAGCCUGCUGGAGCCCACAACACCAAGUGGUAAUACCGAUAAUGAGAAAAACAAUAAAACGAAUGAUUCAGCCGGUGAAAGUAAGCCAAAACCAAGAUCAGUUAGGAGGAGACCGUUGAAACCACCCCCAGGUCGAGAAGGUUUAAGCAGUUUUGGAAAUGAUGGGGCUGCAAGUAUUAGUCCAACUGCAGUGCAUCACAAAGAAGCAAGAAAGGGUUUGGCAUCCUUACAAAUGGAAGAAAGUGAUCAGAGAGAUGAAGAGGAGAAGACGAUGGAUGGGCGUUUGAUGCAUUACAGUCAGAAAAAGUCACUCUAUGAAUGGGUGAGCAAAUGGAAAGCAAAUCUAGCACCUCCUUCUGGAAGACAAACAGCUGAAGACACCAAGGGAGGCUCAAGCUUCCAAAGCACUAAAUCUGAUCCAAGUUCUCCAGGCGGAGCCGCAACAAGUCCAACUGAGAAAGCUAGAAGGCACACCGGAGCCUCCUCAUUCCAGGCAGACAUCUUUGCUAGGCAUGUGCAUCCCAAGCUACCAGAAUAUGAUGAUUUGGAAGCUAUUGUCUGCUUCAGAUAAUCAGAUUUGUUGCCAAUUAUUGUAGAGAAAGGAAGUUUGAAAUUUUCAUCAGAAGAACAUGGCAAUCGGCAAAACUACAUAAUCUGGAACUUUAUGCUGGUUUAAAUUUAAACGCUUCUCUUAAUGACAUCAACAAAAAUCUGGUAGAAAACCGGAGCCUUACUAGAGUGUCUACAAUAAUUCUUUGCUUUCCAUACAUGAUAGAAAUAAGCAGACCAGGGUUGUCGAAGUAGCAAAGAAUUACAGGACUUGCCUUUAAAAUCCUGAGUAGCCAUAAUUCAGUUCACCAAUCACCGGGGAUUCUUUGUACGAGAGACAACUAUAAAGCUUUAUAUGUUUUUCUUUAUGAAAAAAGCCAUAAUCUGCGGAUAAGAAAAGUA